AUGCCACGCGAAGCAGAUCCCUCCAACAACGAGCGCGAAUUCGUGCUAUCGGCGCUCCGUGAGAAUGUUCGUCUGGAUGGCCGCGCUUUCGACCAGUUCCGGGAGGUGGAGCUGGCAUUUGGAGAAGAGUAUGGUGUCGCCGACGUGCGCAUAGGCAAGACGAGGGUCAUGGUCAAGGUCGCCGCCGAGGUCGUCACCCCGUAUUCCGACAGGAAGUUCGACGGAAUCUUCACCAUCUCCACCGAGCUCAGCCCAAUCGCGAGUCCCGCAUUCGAAGUGGGGAGACAAGACCAAACCGAAAUUCUCCUCUCGCGCCUCCUUGAGAAGACCAUUCGCCGUUCAGGUGCUUUGGAUACCGAGAGCUUGUGCAUCAUUGCUGGGCAGAAGUGCUUUCACAUCAGGGCAGAUGUCCAUGUAUUAGACUACGAUGGGAACAUCGCAGACUCCAGCUGCACUGCACUUGUGGCUGCCCUCAUGCAUUUCAGACGACCAGACGUAGAGGUCCAUGGUGAAGACGUGACAGUGUUCGGUCUGAGAGAACGCGAGCCGAUCAAGCUUCAAAUGCAGCACCAACCGUUCUGCAUCACUACCAGCUACUUCGAUGGAGGAGAGAUCAUGCUGCAUGAUGCCUCACUUCUGGAGGAACAAUGCCGGGAAGGACAAGUCAUCAUAUCGAUCAACCGCUUCGGCGAGGUCUGCCAGAUCUCCAAGUACGGCGGUCCCCCAAUCGAUGGACUCAGUGUCCUGACCUGUACGAACAUGGCGCUGGAGAAGGCGAAGAUGUUGGACAACGUGGUCAAGAUGAAGCUGGAGGAGGAUGAGAACAAGAGAGACAAGGGAGGGUUGAUGGCUGAGUUGAGGGCGGACAAUGAGCGAGAGCAGGGCUGA